AUGGACUAUUCAUUUAAUGACAGCAAUUCAAAUCAAAGCUACGGAGAAGUUAAUCAACUUGGUGGUGUAUUCGUUAAUGGACGACCAUUACCAACACCGAUUCGUUUACGUAUUGUUGACAUGGCUAACAUAGGAGUACGACCAUGUGAUAUUAGUCGUCAAUUAAAAGUAUCACAUGGAUGUGUUAGUAAAAUUCUUGCACGUUAUCAUGAAACAGGUUCCGUAUUACCAGGUGCCAUAGGUGGAAGUAAACCACGCGUAACAACACCACGUGUUGUAGGUCGUAUACGUGAUUAUAAAGUUAAAGAUCCAGGAAUGUUUGCGUGGGAAAUACGAGAAAAAUUAUUAUUAGAUAAUGUAUGCGAUAAAUUCAAUGUUCCUUCAGUGUCAUCAAUUUCACGUAUUUUACGAAACAAAAUUGGUCCAUUAUCACAACCAAGUAAUGGAAGUAUAGGCGGUGGUGGUGGAAGUAGUGAAAAUAGUGAUUCGAAUUCUCCUCCACCUAUUCCAUCAUCAUCAUCAUCAUCAAUAGCAUUAAUGAAUAAACAUGAUCUUUCGCCAAUUAAUAUUCCUUCAGUUGUUUCAUCGUCAUCAGACUCAAUAUGUAAAAUUGAACCACCAACAUGGUCAUCAUAUGAUCAGUCGGCAGUAGCAUCAUCAUAUCAUCAUCGUUAUCUCUAUCCUAAUGUUGCUUAUCAUUCAACAUUUCAACAUCAAUUUGAAUCGGCUAUGAAAUCACCAUAUACAGGAGGAAAUCAUAUUGUAUCAAAUCCAACGACAAAUGGAGAUAUUUCAAGUGCAUUUACACAUACUCAUCAUUAUCAUAAUCAACAUAAUCAUCAUCAUCCAAAUGCAACCGUUAACAAUACAGCAAACAAUUAUUCAUCAUUUUUUAAUAGCUUUCCUUACACACCGACAAGUAAUUUUGCUGUUACGACACCAUAUUAUGCAUCUUCUUAUGGUUUACCAUUGACACCACCGACUUCAUAUAAAUAA